AUGACUUUCAAAAAUCGGUUUGCACCUUUUACUGUACAAACUACAAUCAGACUGAAGACUAUGGGACAAGAAUCCAGUCCAGAAUUUGAGAAAGUGAUUGGACAUCAUUUCCAUGACCAAGGAUUGCUGGAAGAGGCUUUAGAAGAGUCAGGGCUAUCAUCAGCAGGAAAUGAGCGGCUCGCCUUAGUAGGAGACAAAAUACUCGCCCUUAUGCUGCUUCGUCGUUGGUAUCGUGAAGGCAACACCACAGAGCAAGGGACAAGUCUGCUUCAGACUUACGCCUGCAACAAGCAGCUAGCCUCUAUGGCUAGAGUCUUGGAUUUGCAGAGAUUUAUCCACCAAAGACCAGACCUAGAAAGGCAUGUGCCAGAUAGCACAUUGGCCACCACCAUGGAAGCUAUUCUUGGUGCAGUUUGGGUUGAUUCCAACGAAGAUGUACAGCAGGUAAAUGAAGUCAUGGAGAAAAUCGGCCUGUAUCCAUCCUCUGGCCGCAUCUCUACCUAA